GAGGGAAGUCCUUCGUCCCCUCCGCAUCAAUCUUCGCACAUCUUUCACCUUCUCAGGAGUGCCGAGAACAUGGGAUCGGCUUCGGCCUGGCGAGGCAGAGAGCUGUCGACCCCGCUGCCGACGAUCCUGCUGUCGAACGAGGGGAUGAGGAAGAAACCCCUUUUCCUACCCCGCGGAAGAAUCCAAAUCGACUCGGGAUGCCUGUCGCUGCACUGCGAGCACGCGAUAGCGAAGAAGGACCCCAUCUCCCCGCACGAUUUUCCCCGGAUCCUCCGAAGGUAUCCGGAUCCCGGACCCGGCCCCCGACUGCCUUCCACUCCGGUCUCGCCCGUCUCUUUCGCGAGAGCCUCCUCGUCCGAGCCUCCACGACCGCCCAAGAAGAUCCAUAAGAAGAUCAGAGGAAGGAACACAGAAUCAGGGGAAGCAGUGGCGGAAGAUCCUAGGGGAUACCCAGAGUUAGAACUGAAAGGAACCAGCCUGUUCAAGAACCGUGACGGGAAUGGAAUCAUAAACGGCUUCACCCUGGGUCCCCUCGUGUGGAAGCCGGAGGAGAGCUGCGACACCCGGCUGGUGUCUUCGACGGACGUCGUCUUCGACGACUCGAGGAUCUCCGACUGGCUCCGGUCCCUCUGCCACUCAGCCGAUGAGGACCUGAAUCGAGCAGUGGACGCCCUCAUCCGCGUAUACGACGCUAAGAGAGGAACGACGGAAGAGGGAAAAGACGCCAGACCCUCGCGUCUGGAUCCCAGAACCGCACUCAACGCCUUCCCGCCCCCCUCCGAGGGUCACGACUCGCCUGGAUGA